GGGUGUGUUCUCCCUUGGGUUUUGCGGUAGUGCUCAUGCUUCGAACCUUAGCUGCUUACAACAAUAUCACUUGUGUCACUGUGAAGAAAAAACCCCACUUGUGUUGAUCAGCCUGCACUCGGCUGACUGUGGUCUCAGGCUGAAGAACCUCUUUCUGACUGCAGCUUGUCCAUGUGACUUGGUUUCCGUUGCCUGCUUCCGUGAAUAGUUAAAAAAAAAAAAAAAAAAAGAGGCAGUAGUUGUUCAGUCUGUGCAGAGGACGACACACAUGAGAAAGCUCUGCUUCAGCGAGUCAACCAGCGAUAUGGUCAAAGAAUCAACUGUCAGUGGCUUGGGAAAUCCACACCUAACCACCAGUGGAGGAUGUUAAAAUGCCAGUCCACAGGCGCACUCCCAUCCUGCUUUGCUUCUUUCCUGUGUGGAGAAUCCUGACAGUUUUAAGUCAUCCACAGCACCACCAAUGCCAGAUGAUACAAAGAACAGCACUCUGCAACAAUUUCAGGCUCUCCUCGGUGCCCUCAGGACUGCCUGACAACACAGAGGAGCUUCAGCUCAACUACAAUCACAUUCAAACACUACAAGAUGAUUCUCUGCUUCGUUAUCCCACAUUGGGCACCCUGAGCUUAGCUCGCAACAGUUUGGAGAAAUUACAAUCAAACACUUUUCAGGCCUCAAAACUGUUAGGAAGCUUGAAUUUAGCAGACAACAACCUCCACAUUGGCUACCAGGAAAGCAGCAAAGCACUAAAGAAACUACCUGGACUGAGAGUUCUUGAUCUGUCAGAGAAUAAGCUUGACGAUGGUAUGGCCUCCGUUCUUCUGCAGAAUCUCACAUCCUUAGAGUAUCUCAAUCUCUCUGGAAACCUCCUGCUCAGGCUGGACGAGAGCUCAUUCUCGGACCUUCACCAGCUUAAGGAGCUCGACCUGCAGAGAAACAUGUUGUUUGAGAUCGACAACGCCUUUGACGGCAAUCCCAAGCUCCAGCGUCUCAACUUGGCCUUCAAUUACCUGCCUUGUCUCAUUGAUUUCCACAUGAUCCAGCUGGUGGUUCUUAAUGCCAGCCACAACGUCAUUGAGUGGUUUAUCACCAGAGAAGACAUCAAUGUUACCUUCCAUCUGGAGACACUGGACCUUACCAACAACAAGCUGCUCUUCUUUCCUUUCCUCCCGGUGCAGAGCCGCUUGCGGAACCUUUACCUCUCUCACAACAGUGUGCGUUUCUAUGAGCGCUUGGAAGACAGCGCCACAUUCCCAAAUGGGACUACAGAAGUUCAGUUCUACAACCUGAGGAACAACACGAGCAACGUGACGGUUCGGCUUUGGGAUGACAGCCUUCACGGCGACGUGUCCGCUGUGGAGAUUUUAGAUCUGAUGGCAAACCAGGUGGACUAUUUCCCCAAAGGAUUCUUAGGGAAAAUGCUCGCCUUGUCCAGACUUCGAAUGCGCACCAACUGUUUGGAAGCGCUGAAUCUGACUUUAGAACAGUUUGCUAGCAGCUUGUACGAGUUGGACGUUAGCAACAACAGGUUGCACCAGAUCGCAGCAGAUGAAGAUUCCCUGACUGCGCUGGGCAACUUAACAUUCCUAAACCUGAGCUUGAACGAUCUUCAGUGGUUCCCUUCCAGAUUAUUUUCCUCACUGCCGAGCCUCAGGUCGGUGGAUCUGAGCUUUAACAGCAUUAAUGUUUGCCAAACCCAGAAGGCCGAUGCCUUCACUGACACUAUCUCAGAAUGUGUAAUAUGGAAAAACGCUGCAUCCCUGCGGCAACUUUACCUCAAGGGAUGCAAACUUGAGAGAAUUCCGCCCUUUGCAUUUACUGGAAUGUCUCUGACGCACUUGGAACUGUCGGACAAUCCCGGACUCUUUGUGGAACACUCAUUACAAAGUCUCAGUGGAACGCUACAGCAUCUAGGCCUUGGAAACACACAGAUACAAUCUUCUGACUUCUCCUCUUUCAAAAGGUUGAAGUCUUUAAACAUUUCAAGGAACUUGCUCACCCAUUUCCCCACCUCACUUUCAAACCUUGACCUGAGACUCCUGGACGUAAGGGAGAACAGACUGUGGACGAUUCCCUCAGACCAGGCAAGAGCAUUAGCCCCCAAACUUCAGACCAUUUUCCUGACAGGGAAUCCUUUCAAUUGCUGCCAAACGGAAUGGUACAGGACAUUUGUAACAGCAAAGACAGUCAAUAUGUUUGAACAGUCUGAUAUCAUGUGUGAAGAUCUCAUCCAAGCAACGCACCAACUACAGAACUUUCACUCAUUUAUGUGCAGGGAGGAAGAUGCAGAAUCUAUAUUCUGGUAUAUCAUGCUUUGUGUAUCAAUAGGACUUUCUUUGGUGAGCAUUUCAACCAUUUCUGUCCUCAUGCUGAGGCACAAAAUAUUUCAAAAACCAAUCAAAAAGAAGUGUUUGAAGCCAACAUCUUACUGAGACUUUAUAAACCCAAACGACACUGUGCCGUGUGGCUAGCAGUGGCAGCAACACAGACGUUUUUCCACUCUAGGAGGCAGUUAUUUGUGUUAGCACAAGAGAAUUUAUCAUAAAUGUGCAAAUGUGCAAUUUAAGGUAAAUUUUGCCUAUUACUUCACACAUAAAAUACACAAUAGAUAACAACAAACAACAGCAACUGAUU